AUGUCGUCGUCUUCCUCCUCCUCCUCCGAGGAAGCCUCCGCCGACGCACGAGAGGUGGAGUCUGUGCAUCUCCCAGCCAAGAACCCUCCUGUCGUGGCGCCGGCGCCAGUGCGCCAGGAAAGCGACGGCGACGAGGGGGACGACGACGACGAGGAUGCCGAAGACAGCGGCAGUGAGGCACGCGAGGAGGGAGAGGAAGAUAGUGACACCGAGGAAGAUGGCCAUAGCUCCGAUGAAGACUACGAGGACGAGGUGGUGGAAGACUCCGAACCUGACGAGCCGCUGCCUCCGCCGCCACUCACCAAGUCCAGGGGGAAGUCGCCGCCUUCUCCCGACCUCACCAAACAACCCGUUGCGAAGCGGAACGCGGCAGCGGCCGGGCUCGCGGAAUCCUCUUCAUCCAAGAAGAGGGCGCCACCGGUUGCCCGCACCAAGUCGCUGCCGCUGAAGCCGGCGGAGAAGAAGCUGCCCCCACCGGAGGAGGAGGCGGCGAAGGAGGAGGUCGCCAAGUCGACCGCGCCGAAAGCUGCGGCGAGGAGGAAGAGGAGGAACAAGUCGCCGACGAACGCGCCGGCCAAGGAUAGCACCAAGUGGCCCCCGUCCAAGAACAACAAGGCUGCACCUGCUGCGAUGGAGUGCGAACAAGUCGCCUAA